CUACUCCAACAAACGUCAUCCUAACGACAGAUCCGAUCAAAAAUGAGGCUACCAAUCGUGCUCUUCAUAUUUUUACGAAUAUCCAAUUCCUUCAACGUAGACUACUGCAAGCUACCUUGUCAUACAAACAACGGAACGGUGGAACAUGUCAUGUGCACCCUUAAACACGACUGCAGCGUAGGACCAGAAUGCAAGGUGAAGACGAGGUUCGAGUAUACGUCGGAACUCAAAAGUUUCACUCUGGACAUGCACAACUACUACAGAAACAGGGUGUCCUUUGGAGACGCUUUUGGUCAGGACAAGGGAAACUUACCGCAGGCUUCCGACAUGUUGGAAAUGGUCUGGGAUGAGGAAUUGGCCCAUUUCGCGCAGUGCUACGCGAACAAAUGCAUACUUCAAUAUGACAAGUGCAGGCAGAGCUCCGCUGGGGAGAAGAUCGGCCAACUGAUCUUCAUCAAAAUGAUGGUAAACCCGAAAUCAGUAGAAGAGAUAAUCACUCAGAUGCUGGAAUCUCUGUUUAAUACGUCAGAGUCGAUGUCUUUGGAAGAUGUCGAGAACUACAAGGACAACAGAUAUACAAGGCACUUCGCACAGUUGGUAUGGGCCAAAACUAACAGGGUGGGAUGCGGAAUAACCAAACUGUUAGAAGACAUCUAUGCCUUCUUCAUGGUUUGCAACUACGGCCCCGCUGGCAACGUCGAGGGCGAUAGGAUCUACAGCGUCGGAUCCACCUGUACCAACUGCCCGGGCGGAAGGAAGUGCGGGACCAAGUAUACUGGUCUGUGCGCCGCCACUGAAAAGGAGAAAAGGUCUUCGAUGCAGAAGAUCGAAUCCUUAAAGACUCUAGAACAAAUAAUAACACUUGAGGACGACGAAGAAUCCUUCAGUCUCAGAGCAUUAGACUCUUACUCCUCAAACUCUACCGUUCAAGCCGACCAAAAAACUUGGCCGACUCAAGAUUCCUUUAAAGACACUUCCCAAGAGACUGCGCCCUCUACCGGUGGAAUGGCGGAAGCAACGUCGGAAUCUUUUGAGCCGCCUGAACUUUCGUACGAAGAAGUGACGACUGACGAUGAUGCUGAAAUUAUCAAUGAUCUGUCUAUAAACGAAAGGAAGGCUCUGGUCACGUUUGAGAAAUUGGUCGAAAUAACAACAGCGAAGCAGAUGAUAGUAAAAGACGAAGUACCUUUAAAGUUAUGUACGGUGAAAAGGCGGCCGAAUUGGCCCGACAUCAGUAACCAAGACAAUGGAUCUCAAACUGAAUUAAGGCAACUGCGCUUCGGCAUCUUGUGUUUAUCAUGUCUUUUGGUGGUUUCAGUGUCAAGGUAACAGGAAAGAAAACCUUUCAAACACCGCUAUAAGAAUUAAAUGUUGUAGAAGUUAGUUGACAGCCCCCGUAUCUGAGACCUACAUAUACGAGGGUUGUCCAAAAAAAAUCGGAGAGUGUCCGGUUCUUGAUCUUGACGAUUUGUGUAAUGAAUAAGUUGCUGUUGAUGUUCUUAAUGAAUAAAAUUAGAAAUUUCAAUAAAUAAUAUGUUAUA